GGCAGAAGAUGGCAGCAGUGUACUGUACAAUACAGCUUGUAUUAGUAGUCUCGCGAGGAAGGACGCGGUGAGGGAGUAAAGAUGGCGGCCUCCUUGGUAAGAUUUGUCCGCAGCGGUUUGGGCAGAAGUCUAAACGUUGCUAGACAGAGUGCGACGGCUCUUGGCCAGACAAGAACCACAACAACUGAGACUAGAACUACUGUAAGGCCAAAGGAUCCGGUCAGCCACAAUCAGCUUUCUCAGUUUGGGGAAUAUAUUGCAGAGAUACUUCCCAAAUACGUCCAGCAAGUCCAGGUGACCUGUUAUAAUGAGCUGGAGGUAAUGAUCCAUCCAGAAGGAGUUAUCCCUGUUCUUACUUUCAUGAGGGAUCAUACAAAUGCUCAGUUCCGUAACAUGAUUGAUCUAACAGCUGUGGAUGUCCCUACAAGACAGUGCCGCUUCGAGAUCGUGUAUAAUCUGCUUUCCCUGCGCUAUAACUCUCGUAUCCGUGUGAAGACCUAUACUGAUGAACUGACCCCUGUAGAUUCAUCUGUCCCUGUGCACCAGGCAGCUAACUGGUACGAGAGGGAGGUUUGGGACAUGUUUGGAGUUUUCUUCUCAAACCAUCCAGACCUGAGACGCAUUUUAACGGAUUAUGGAUUUGAGGGUCAUCCAUUCAGAAAAGACUUUCCGUUGUCUGGAUACGUGGAGGUACGUUAUGAUGAUGAAGUGAAGCGUGUUGUGGCUGAACCUGUUGAGCUUGCACAAGAGUUCCGUAAAUUUGACUUGAACAGUCCAUGGGAAGCGUUCCCUGCAUACCGGGAGCCGAAAGAGACACCCAAGCUGGAAUCUGGAGACAAACCAGCCAAGUAACCUCACCUCAACAUUGUGAGCUGGGAAAGCUCUAAUCACAUCCUCCGAUGAAUCCUCCUAACAAAUUUAUGUAAAUAAAAAGAACAUGUACUAGAGACAAAUAAAAAAGAUAAAAAAAUUUGA